CAAAACCAGAACAGUGGUAUCAUGUUGGUUCGGACCUGAACCCAGCAGACCUCGGUACUAGAUUCAUUCCAGCAACCAUCCUUCCUCACACUAAUUGGUUCUCUGGGCCAGAAUUCCUACGACUGCCUUUUCUUGAAGAAAUGGCUAAGGGUGAAUCGUUUGAGCUUGUGGAGCCAGAGAAGGAUCAGGAGAUCCGCCCACAAGUGGCAACAUUGGUCACUAAUGUGACAGAACAGUCUCUAGGAUCACACCGAUUUGAGCGUUUCUCAGAGUGGAGAACUCUUGUAAGAAGCAUAGCAAGGCUUGUCCAUGUUGCAAAAUCACUUUCUGAAAAGAGACAUACAGGGGAUUGCAAAGGCUGGCACUGGUGCCAAAAAAGUCUCCAGUCUGAGCUCACACAAGCAAAAACUAUUAUUAUACGGUGUGUGCAGCUAGAACACUAUAAAGAUGAACUCAAAUGCUUGAGUAAGGGAGAAGAAAUCUCACAACAAAGCUCUCUGAAGAAACUAGCUCCCUUUGUAGAUGAAGAAGGACUGAUUCGAGUUGGAGGUCGCUUGCAGUCGGCAGAAUUGUCAGAACCGGAGAAACACCCGUUAAUAAUCCCAGCAAGACAACAUGUAGCCACAUUAUUGAUCAGAUACUACCACAAUCGGGUGGCACACCAAGGACGACAUCUGACCGCUGGAGCACUACGAUCGGCAGGUCUCUGGAUAAUAAAGGGAACAAAGCUAAUUAACAGUGUGAUUCAUCAGUGUGUUACUUGCAGAAAGUUGAGAGGAAGGUUCGAGGAACAAAGAAUGUCAGACCUACCCAUGGAGAGAGUGACUAUAGAUCCACCAUUCACACAUGUGGGCCUAGAUGUGUUUGGGCCAUGGAGCAUAACGUCACGCCGUACAAGAGGGGGAAGUGCUGACAGCAAAAGAUGGGUUGUCAUCUUCUCCUGCUUAAGUACAAGGGCUGUCCAUCUGGAGGUCAUCGAGUCCAUGUCAACUUCCAGCUUCAUUAAUGCCCUCAGACGGUUCUUGGCGGUUCGCGGACCGGUUAAACACUUUAGAUCCGACAGGGGAACAAAUUUCAUUGGCGCCUGUCGAGAACUGAACAUCAAUACUGAGGAUCCAGAGCUCAAGGGGUACUUGCAGGAGCAAGGUUGUACUUGGUCAUUUAACGCUCCCCACUCCUCUCAUAUGGGAGGAGCAUGGGAAAGGAUGAUCAACACUGCACGACGCAUUCUUGAGGCACUGUUGCUAAAAACCAGCCUUUCUCGUCUUACUCAUGAAGUCUUGACUACUCUCAUGUCUGAAGUCAUGGCAAUAAUGAAUGCUAGACCUUUACUUCCUAUUUCUUCUGAUCCUGACACAUUGGAAGUUCUGUCUCCUUCAAUGCUUCUCACACAAAAGGCUAGUGCCGUACCGGCACCUCUUGGAGACUUUGACAUGAAGGACCUCUACAAGAAAGAAUGGAGACAGGUUCAAUGUCUGGCUGAUGCUUUCUGGAAGGCAUGGAGGAGAGACUAUCUUGCUACAUUGCAAGUACGGAGAAAGUGGACGGAGGAAAAACGUAACCUUCAAGAAGGAGAUGUCGUCUUGCUUAAGGACUCUAAUGUGAAACGCAAUGAGUGGCCUGUUGGGCUUAUAGUGAAAACCAUACCCAGCAGCGAUAAUAGAGUGAGGAAGGUAGAAGUAAAGAUAAUUAUAGAAGGAUCUGAGAAGGUGUAUCUGAGACCCAUCUCAGAGGUGGUACUUCUCCUGCCUGGGAAGUCAUAGAAGGUUCAAUAGUGGUAUAAAGUUAUUAUACCAGGCGGGGAGUGUGCUGUUGCAUAUAUCCUUUGUGGAUUUGACCCGCCACCUACUGGACAUUUAAAGUACUACUCGUGAUAUGUUUAGUUUCACUUUCUCUCAGUGAAGAUUGUUUAGGACAAUGCGCACGCAAUGCACUUUGAGUGGUUGAUUUCUUCGUUUGAACCUUGGAUAUAUAUGUCCGUAAGUGCCAUAUUUGUGUUAAAACAUACUAAUGUCCAUAAG